UUCACUAUUUCUCGAUAUAGUCUAUGGUGGUUCAGUGUCCGAAAAUAUUAGAAAUAAAUUUUGUGAUAAAUAAAUAAUUUGUAACAAAAAGAAUGUCAUUAGCAGAUGAACUUCUUGCCGAUCUUGAGGAAAAUGACGACGCAAACACUUUUAUGGAGGAACCGGAGCCAAAAUUCAUGCCGGCUUCGGUUUCAAAAGUUUUAGAAGAAGAAAUAAAGGUAUCCUCUGUUAGGGAAUUGGCCAAAUUACGUGAUUCAGAACAGCUGCAAAAGAUUAUAUCUCAGAUUGAAAAGUAUAGCAAGGUAAUCAGAAAGUCAUCUGAUAUUGUAGGACCUGUUGAAUCAGAUCCAGAAUAUCAAUUGAUAGUUGAAGCGAAUAAUAUGGCUGUAGAUAUUGAUAAUGAAAUAGCUACCAUACAUAGAUAUACAAGAGACAAAUACUCCAAAAGAUUUCCAGAGUUGGAAUCUUUAGUUGUAGGGCCUUUGGAGUAUGUUAUGACUGUUAGAGAAUUAGGAAAUGAUUUGGAUCGAGCCAAAAAUAAUGAGACUCUGCAACAGUUUUUGACACAAGCAACAAUUAUGGUUGUUUCUGUGACAGCAUCAACAACUCAAGGACAAUUGUUGACAGAAGAGGAAAAAGAGGCUAUUUGUGAAGCUUGUGAUAUGGCAGUGGAAUUAAACAAUUGUAAAUUGAAGAUAUUUGAAUAUGUAGAAAGCAGAAUGGCACUUAUUGCACCGAAUUUGUCGAUAAUUGUUGGUGCAUCGACAGCUGCUAAGAUUAUGGGUGUCGCGGGUGGUCUCACAAAACUUUGCAAGAUGCCAGCUUGUAACGUUCUAGUUCUAGGAUCACAAAAAACAACACUUUCCGGAUUUUCUCAAGUCACCACUUUGCCUCAUACAGGAUUCAUAUAUUACUCUGAAAUUGUGCAAGAUACACCUCCUGAUUUGCGAAGAAAAGCAGCAAGAUUAGUGGCAGGGAAAAGCAUGCUGGCAGCCAGAGUGGAUGCUUGCCAUGAGAGUACGGAUGGUCACUAUGGCCAAAUGUUGCGUGACGAGAUAGAGAAAAAGUUGGACAAACUACAAGAACCACCGCCUGUGAAGUUUGUGAAACCAUUGCCGAAGCCAAUCGAUCCUGGUCGGAAAAAGCGUGGCGGUAAACGCGUCCGCAAGAUGAAGGAACGCUACGCGAUCACAGAGUUUAGAAAGCAUGCCAAUAGAAUGAACUUUGCUGAUAUUGAAAGUGACGCCUACCAAGAGGAUCUCGGUUACUCGCGAGGAACAAUCGGCAAGGCUGGCACAGGGCGAAUUAGGUUACCGCAGAUUGACGAGAAAACAAAGGUCAGAAUAUCCAAAACACUCCAGAAGAAUCUACAGAAACAACAGCAAUGGGGAGGCAGCACCACUGUCAAGAAACAAGUCUCUGGUACUGCUUCCAGUGUAGCUUUCACUCCUUUACAGGGUCUUGAAAUUGUAAAUCCACAAGCUGCAGAGAAAAAGGUUAACGAAGGAAAUGCAAAAUAUUUUUCCAAUACAUGUGGUUUUCUGAAUGUAAAAAAAUCAUAAAGGAAAUUAUUUCAUAUGUAAUUUAUGUAUUAUAGGUAUUACAUGUAAUUUAAUUUAUUAUUCUGCCCUAUAUAAUAAUCGAGACAUUUUUCACAAUACAAUUUGAAUUCAAAUUAAGAAAAUUAACUAUGUUUUGUUGGGUAAUUCAACAUAAUUUUAUUUUGUACACAAUAUUAUCUCAUAGGAUAAAGUAAAAUUAGUUACAUUCUAUCAGCAAAAUAUUGCUUUCAGUCUUGAUAUAACAAAUUGUAUGAAA